AUGUUAAAAGCGAUCAACAACAGCGAUCAGUCAAGCCCACCAUCACUAAAUUUGAUGUCUAAUGCUCCUAAUCGAGGAGUAGCUAAUGCAAAAUCAGCUCCUCCUGAAGGCCACAGAUUGACUACCAUCGGUAUCCAUUAUAAAGCACCCACAGAAAUAAUAGACUUUACUUUAUCCACUAGCUACAUCUUUGUGGCAACUAAGAAUACAACAAUUCUUUUAUCUGCAGCCAACUCUGUUCUAAUUUCGCGACAAUCAUUUAAGUUCAACGUUUUACGCGUGGGAGCAGCAUGGAAUGAUACAUGUCUUUAUGUAAUAACAGAAGACGGAAUCUUAUAUAUUCUGCAGUCGUUUGGCAAAUCGUACAGUACUCCGUCUGUUAGAGCCGUUGACUUAGUUCAUUCUUUGGAUGCAGGCCGUUGCAUUGAUCUGGCAAUUGAUAACAGAACAAAUAUGUAUGCUCCGGUUAUGCAGCUAAAUCGAACAAUAUCAGAUGUACACAUGGAGAUCGAUCCCACUAACCACCAGAGCUUUAUGCUCUCCUUUCACGUUGACUUUAAUGCAGACUUGCGGAUACCCUCUUUCAAUGCGCUCCUUUAUUGCAGUAACUUUUCUCAGAUCACCCCCUAUUACCUACGGAACCGUAUCACAGCAAUGUGUUUUGGAAACCUUGGGCUUUCUUUCAUAGGAGACAUAACUGGACGUGUGUACAUAUUAAUGACGUCGGAAUCUCUUAGGCAACGGGUCCAGAAUCAACCUGUCCCAGCUUCCGAUGUGUCACCUGUUGGUGUAUCAAGCCUUGCCAACUUCAUUUUCUUCGAGCGUGUUUAUCCGGAGCACAUCAAGCAAAUACACAUCCUUUCUCCGGUUACUCUCUUUCUGGGGUAUAUUGACGGAAUGAUGCUUACAAUAAAUAUUAAAACAAAAGCGGUAAUGAAGCACGACAUUGCUUGUACAAAUACCUACCAAUCUGGUCGGCUAAAAACAAAAAUAACAGGAAAACCGGGGAUCAAGGCUCGUGUUCUGUUAGGCAGCGACCCACUGUUAGGGAAAUUCUGCAUAAGUAAGCAUACUGAGGCACAAAAAAGAGCACUGCGUGAUGAUCAAUCUACCGAAAACAUUAGUCCUUUGACCGCAUUGAAUGCUGAGUCACAUCAGCCUCCUAUGCGUGACUUUUUGACAGAGUACAUUGAACUAAAAGAGAGACUUGCCAAAGAACAGGCUGAGGGCGUGAUGCAGGAACUUCUAGACACUUUCGUGGAGGAGUGGGAGUGUGGGUCUGCACAUCGUCAAUCUGGACUUUCUGGAGAUGAAAUCUACACUCCAAAGCAAUCCACAACACUAAAGCUUCCUCGCCCUAGUGUUAUUCUAACUAAGGGCUUCGAAUCGUCACAAAUUGCAUCUAUUGAUGACUAUCUCGUUCUCUUCACGUGCUUUAAAGGCUACCUUGUUGCGUUUAAUCUCACCGCCUAUGACAACGCCAUCUCUAGGCCGGUGUAUCUAGAGAACAUGACCACCUCAGGCCUGUACAAGUGUAGUGCCUCUGAGAAACCUAAGAAAAAUAUGCAGUUACGCAUACACAAUGGCAGGUUAUUAGUGUCCAUGGCUAACACUAUUCAUACAAUAAGCCUCCCGCAAUUCCUACUGCCGUUAAUUAGCUAUAUACCGCGCUUUGGGAACUAUCGGUUUUACUCCCAGGGGGAGCGCGAUAUCCUCGGUAAUAGUGAAGAGGAUUAUCCAUACGACGUUAGGGUGAUUUUCGAGUCGGCAGAUCUUGCUCAACAGUCAUUAUUUAUGAAAGGUUGUAAGGAGUUAGGCUCUAACUUAGCUCCGGCCUUUGACUCCAUGAUCGAUCUGUCGGUGAAGACAGCUAUCUCUGCCUCUGCUGCCGACCAAUUUAUGGACUCUCAUCUGUAUCAAACGGGUGGAACACCUAUCAGUAGAAGUGGUAGCACGGGGCAGGGAGCAGGGGCAUUAAGCAAGAGUGAUCCCCGUUCGCCUGUACAAUUACUAAAACAGCUAAGAGAAAAAAGGAUGAAAAGCAGUCCCGGUGGACGUUCCUUUACACCGAAGACAAACGAGGAAGAGCCACGGUUUAGAACAGUUCUCUCAGACAGAGUUGCUCUUGCAGAUGCUCAUUUGCGAAUGGCAAGAGAGACCCUUAUCAGAGAGAAGAUGCUCGACCAGAUCAUGAGGCGCUUUGAGUAUGGACAAGAUGACCCGGAUAAUUAUCGUCAGCUAUCCCCACGACAAGGCAACUACGACCGCUAUAAACGAAUUUCAUGCAAUGAAAUAGAUAGAUAUGAUCAUACUCGGUUUUUUCCUGUCACGAAUAUCUCAGGUGAGGUAAUAAUGGGUCGUCAUCGGCGCGUUCAUUCCCUUAAUUUCGAGCAAGACUAUCGUAAAGUAAUAGACGAUAAGAUGAGGCAAUCAGGAGACGGUCUUUUGCAUAGCACUGUUGGAGGUAGGCUUCGAGAACGAUCGCGGGAUAAGAAAAUUGGGUCAGGCAAGGGCGAGUGUUCUGAUACUAACCUUGCGCUUAGUGACCUGUUAACUGAUGCAUCGGAGGUCCUAUCUCAAAGUUCCUCUACACUGGCCUCAAUAAGUGGCGGAUCUUUUCGAACGUCUCCCAAAUGUCGAGAGAAUGGUGAAUCUUCCUCCAUAUCCAGUGAUAUUUCUCAGGACAAAAGUGGUGGUGCCUUCUACCAUGAUUCUCAGCAUAUUACGGUAUAUGAUAAUAGUAUGCGGCCUGUAGUAGACCUGAGUGGACAAUCUCCCACUAGUAGUGUUGGCCAUGAAAAAAACAAUCAUCUACUAAAUGAUCCAGAGCCACAACUAUCUGGUUAUGCUGCAACUAAAAAUAUUGAACAAUCUAUCUCUAAUGUAAUCAGUUGUGCCAUGUCACUCCCUGAAGCAGCUGAUCGUGUUGAUCGAUGUGCACUUAACCAGCAUUCUCCGCAGAUUGUAGCCCCUCCAUCGUCCUCAGAUGCUACUAACCUCGAGGAGAGAAAGAUUGAUAGCAUUGUAUCGUUUAUUCUCAGCACGCAUAAGCAUACUGAAGAGUCGUGCUCUGAGUUGCCAGUUUUGAAGCCUCACAAAUCUCAUUCUCAAGGAAACAGCACAAGCAUACCAGCUGCUUUACCAUGUAAUCGCACUCCUCAAAUGAACGAUUCUCUAGAGUCUGAUCAAAGAGCUUGGCCUCGUGUUGAGCGUGUGUCAGAGUUAUAUUCUAUAUCCAAGCUGCUGUCACGCAAUAGAAAGUAUGCUUCUAUGGCGUCUGCAAUGGUUCAUAUUCUAAAGCUUCCCCGGCGAGAUGAAACAGAUGAUAAGAUUAAGAUGCUCCUGCAUAUUCAUAGAAGGCAAAAUGUGUUUAGCUUCUUGGCGCGGACAGGUCUUUUUACAGACAGCGAACGCGCUAUUUUAAUAGAGACCCUUGACGACGCUAGGUUCUACUAUCAACAGCUGGGUGUUCCUGCGAUAGAUAUCAACCAGAUAAAGCCGAGCACAAUAGAAGGCGUAUCACAGUGGAGAGGCUACUUAGAUUCCCACAAUAUUUUGCCGCACAAACUCACAGACUUAAAGCCAGAUAUGUAUUUUAAGCAUCCAGGAAGAAACAUGACUAGCGCAAUGUCCACUCGAUGGAUUCCCAAAGCCCAUAAAUCAGAUAAAGAGCCCUCUUUAGGGGCAUCAGAACUGCGGAGACAGGAAAGGGAAGAUCUGGUUAGCUGCCCAUUGCAGCCAGCAAAAGAGCUGAGUAGCCUACAAGUAUAUUCGCUGCAAACUUCUUCUUCCACACCAGGCAUUACUUCACUAAGAAAGAGCUUAUCGUUAUCGACUGGAGCCAUGACUACUAUGACUGCACCCCCGUCAAGUGCUCCUCACUCGCUUUCACUAGUAAGAACAUCUAACGUAUCGUCUUCCAAAUCGAAAGAUUUCAUAUACCCUUCUAAGAGCGGCUCUAGCCCGGUUGCUAGGGAGGCCUCUUUUCCUACACUUGCAGGCCCUUCCGAAGGUCUGCCCGCUGAUAUAUCUGUUGUAGCAUACUCUGAAAGUAACACUUCUCACUUAGAAGAAAAGCACACUAGCGCUUGUACAGCUCAGCAAGGGGGUCUGAGCAAUGCUCCUCUGUCAGGCACUACACAACCUAAUAUUUUGGCUGACUUUCGUAGAGAAUCACGGCCAACGAAUAGUCGCGAUGGUAGCAUGGAUUCAUCUACCUCUGCAGACGAUAACAACGAGCGUAGCAACUCAUCCACGGCCAUGGUUCAUAAUGAGCAUCGUAUUUUUAGAUCAUCCCCAAAGAGCUCACAGUUAUUUAGUAGUCACUUUCGGAAGGAAACAUUGAAAGCAUCCAAGUCUGAUCCACAAACUCUUAGGCCGAAACUGCGCCCUCCCGAUAUUUUGUAUCCCAUUGCAUCCUCUGAUCAAAUGGAGGAGCAUAAGGCACUAUCUGCAUCCACCAGCUCUGCUCUACAACCACUGCCACGGGCUGUUCACCAGAAGCCUAUGCGGCCAUCCUCUCUCCCUUCUUCCCGCUUUACUCGGCGCAUAAGUUCUAUGGAGACGUUGUUACCACGUGAAACCCAUCAUGCAUGGCUAAAAUCUAGAGCACAGACAAGGAACACAGUUCGUGUAACCGUCUUCACUGGCAUUCCGAAGUACUAUGAUAUGAGAACACGCAUUGAGUAUGCACACAAGCACCAUUUCAACAUGCUACAACAGAGGGAUCUUACCGAUUCAGUAGAGCCUGUUGGAAGCUUAGUUUAUAAGGUUUCUCGUCCGUUAUCUGUACAAGGGCCCAGAUGCACUGAUGCUGGCAGUGUUCUAACGCCUCUAUUUGCUCCCCAGGCUCCUUUUGAAGGAGAAAGACACGGAUCUAACCUCCUCACCGAUGACGGGUCAUUCAUAUCUACAACUCAAUCGGAAAGAGCGGAUGUCAUCCAUAGGCCUAGGUGGUCUGCCAGUGAAACCUCUAGAAAACUAACUAGCGUACCUAAUGAUGCAAGCGUCUUGUCUGCGAUUGAAUUCUAUCCAUUGUCCCGACCUGACACGAGUGAUGUAAGGAGCGGCCCUACACUCAUUGAUUUAAACCAGCAAUUAACCCACGUUCUGGACGCCCUUUCUGUGCAUAUGUAUGGAGAGAAAGAGAAGCGCUUCCUUACCCGUUAUACUGAGAGUAUAACUGGUGCACUAAUUCAACAAGUGCGGCGUAAUAACGCUCAAAGUAAGCCUUUUUCGCCAACUGCCCUGGAGGAUCGGGGGGCUAAUUCCUUAGACCGCAGACCCAGCGCUGGCACUCCCAUGCACCAAGGUGUGUUAUUAGACAGAGGGCUUCCCCUAUCUUCUCUUGCGAAGCUGUCAUCAGCCCUUGGAAACAUAGUGUAUAAGCUCACUAUAAUGAGGCAGGCGGCGUAUCGUCAGACCACCGAAAAAGAAGCGAUCGAAGCCCGCGACGAAAUGUGGAACGCCGCUGUUACAGAGAUAAAUAGGGCUUUUCCUAACAUGCUACAUGUAUCCAGCGAGCCAGCAAUGGGAAGGGGUCUUUCUCCAGAAAAGAUAAGUGUCAGUUUAAAUAACAACGGCAUUCUAUCCAAUCAAUCCGUGGGUCAUCAGAUUUCGCCAGUCAAAGAAAAGAAAUUUAAGGAGCCUCAGAGACUAACAUGGAAAAUAGGCGCAGCAAACGUUUCGUCUGCUGCAUUAGCGCCUAGCUACAGAUACCUCCAUGACACAGAAACAAGGAGUAGUAAUGAGAACAUCAAACCAGUUGACAAGGCCCAAUUCAUGCAACCUCGUGUAGCAAGGGAUGGAGUUCAAAGCGCUAGGUAUAUGCGUAGUCUCGCCCAAGCACGUACCCGCUUUGCGCCGUAUUCCCUCAAGGAUGUAUUACAAGUCUUUUCAUAUCUCGAUGUCGGUGUUGGUGCUAACGGAGAGAUUCGCUCUUUGAAUGCCGACAGGCUGACCAAAAUAUACCGGGCAGAUUCAGACAUAUAUGGAUGUGCAGAUAAUGAAGAAACGAGCAGCGGAGAGCAUUUUUGGCAGGGUGACGGCGGCGGUCAACACCCCAGUUUAGACUCACAACAGAUGAAAGAGAGCUUAGAAAAACGGAGGAGUACUUCGUUCCAGCACCUUCUUCCGAGGGAAUCAGUUGAGUCUCUUAAUGAACUACUACCACGGUAUGAAUUUCAGACUGACCAGAACAGUGCACCACCAGUUACUACUGCUAAACAAGUGAGUGGUCUUCGCGGCCAGAAGACCAAAGCGAAGCUAAGACAUCCUCUUCUUGAAGACGCUUCCCUGAUUCAGACUAUAUUAGCCGAUUAUGACAUACUUCCAGCACAGCACACGUUUGACUCCCAAACCACCAACACUGCAAUCCAGGUUAAGCGUAAAGAUUUAGUCCGUUUGCUGUUACGUAUGGUUGAUUCAGCAUCUCAGCCCGAUAACAUUAGAGCACUGGAGCCUCUUCUGCCGCAAGUUGUUAAGAAUGAUUCCAUCUUCAAAGAGCAGCUAUUUUCUUUCCUGCAUGAGAAACGAGGGCUUAUGGAGCAGCAUGCAAUACGCAUCCAGGAUUUAAUGCAAACACAGAAGCGCUUUGAAGAGGUUCAGGAGCAAGCAAUCAGCUUACAAACCAUGCAACGCUCUACAGAAGGGGUUGUUUAUGAUAGCAGGGUGUCUCUAAUGGGGUCUACUGGAAAGAGCAUAUGCGAGCAGCUCCGGGACACUGACCAACCGUUAGAGGUCAGUACGUUAGAUUUGAUCAACAUGAACGUCACAAGGUAUAGUGACAAGCCUUCAGUCCUCCUGCAUUCCGUUGUCCUUUCACCCAUGAAGUUUCACACCAUGAGAAGGCGUACCCUCGCAGCUAAGAAAACGAUUCAGGACAAUCAAUCACUGGAAAUUCCAGAAUUGAUUGUGCCAUCCAUCUUUAUUGGAACUUCUACAGAAAACUUGACUGAAAAGAAUCUUAUAAGGCGACAACCAAAUAAGGGAAACAGGUUACGUAGGAACAAUUUAACUGGUUCCCAAACAGUCACGGCACAUACAAGGCAAGACGGAGCUGACCUGAAUGCGCUACGUGUCAAUCUUGCGUUUCCAUCCAACCUGCACAGUUCUUUGAUACAAGGGCGUAACGCUAGUGGAAAGGAGUUACAAGAUAGGUAUAGCUACGCUUCAAAUUCCACAAUGAGCUUGUCAACUUCGGCAAGGGUGAAAUCGUUACAACCAAUUGACCCAUCUCUAACUUCAUCUUUUGGAUCAUCCAAAGCUCUAGCAACCUUACCUACUCAGCAACAUAAUGAUUUUCAUCUUCUGCCAGAGCUAGCAGACAGCAUCACUAGCUUAAAACCACAGACAACGCAAAAUCACGAUAACACCAAAAGAACUAUUGGGGAUCAUGUAGUACCAGCAAGGCCAGAUAUGGUGGCAAAGACACAGCUAUUGGAGCUCAACGAUUCUACCUGUCGGAUACAUCCAUUGUCUAAUAAGGAACCAAGUACGUUACGAAGUAGCCAACAGACUUCAAUGCCCCAGACUUCUAAAUCUAAAGAUGCUUCUUUAGUAGAUAGAAAAUCGAUUACUCCAUUUGAUAGCGCUCCUGAAGUCGGUCUUGCAGAUGCAGAAGAUGCCAAUACCUUAGAACUCAAAGAAAAUCAAAACCUGAUACGUUCUAGAAGUUCAUCUGCUGUGUCUUUUCCCAGUGAUAUCCUUACUUCUCAAUCCCAUGAUUCCCUUAACGGAUCUGUCAGCGAAAAGAGUAGAGGACACGGGACCUCUAUUCCGGCUGUCUCUGGCCUCGCCCAAGAUAGCAUCCACAGUGGCCUUCCCCCACGUCCAUCCUCUGGAGCUCUACGUCCAGCGGCAUCUAGCCCCCGCCCAGAGUGCUUUUCUUCUAUCCAGGAGCAUGUCAAAGGUCUGCACCAUCCAUCUGAGCUCAUCAAUCUCCGCUCUCGAGACAGAGACCUUCUUCUCUCUAUGUCACACCGAUCACCGUAUAAUUUGAGGCGUCCAGACAUCGUUUUAUCAGCCUUAGGGCUUAAAGUACCUAGCAAAGCAGACACUCCACUCCCGGCUACUGCUGGAAAAGCACGCACUUCCUCGCACAUUUCUCCCACAUCUAGCGUGUCAUCAGCGUCGUCAACUAGGCGGACCUCAAAAAGUAAUAGCUUCUCCUACUCUAGGUCAUCGUCUCCAGCUCGAUGGUCAGAUGACAGCGACACUUUUGUUGGAGCAGUCAUCACGCAGAUGCGCUCUCCCCGUGCCUCCUCUAAGAAGCCAUCUCACAGAAGUUAUCGCUAUGGUACCCUGACACCAACAGAAGGCUUUAGCACCCGUCCUGGGAGGUCUCGCUCCUGUUGUGACUUUCUUCGUCGGACGAGUGACGGCUAUAGCUGUGCAGUGCAGACGUGCUUCUUGGAUUUCCAGUCACAUGACCAUACUCAAACUGACCCUUCCCUUUCCGCGGAUGUGUUUUUCUCAGGUCCACAUAUCGAUCGUGUAACACCCGGCAAUAUUGAACUAUCUGACUUAGACCUAACUUCAGGACAACUGCGUUCGUUUAGCACACCUAUGCUACCAUUUUCCUCUAUAUGCAAUGGAUCUGUGACCAUCUCACACGUACCUUCACAAUCUCCAUCCACAAGUUUGCAUGAUACUAGGGAAUUAAUUAUGCAAUCAUGCCCUGUCCUCUCCAAUAAGAAGACCAAGCCGCAGGAACCGUUUGGUGUUCAACUGACCCAGAUAUAUCAAAGAUACAUUACUGCAAAGACAGACUCGUUUAAAAGAGAUGCAGCAGCCUUCAGAUCCCAGCAACUAAUUGUCCUGUCUGAAUACCUGACCUCACUGAGCACUUAUUUAUACCCAUUGACGCAGAAGAUUUUACACGCAGAAUACCACGGUAUACUGGCAUUCGGUACAUAUACGGAAGUAGAGAUGCAAGCAUCAGGGUUGAAAAAGCACAAAAGGUACUUCUAUUAUAAUAUGCCUCAGCUGACCUCGGAGGCCCAUAUAGAUACAUGCCUGAAUCCAGAGUUUAUCCUGAGACAACGGCUUGACAGCCUACGCUUUAUGGGCUUUUUGCACGGGGUCUUCUCAAAACUCUCCAAUUCCACGAAUGCACUAGAUGUUAUUAACAGGAGAUGCACACCGAUGCACGCUGCUAUUGCGGUAUCCAACCGUGCCUCUAUAACAACGACUGCAGACAUGGUGUAUCCAGAAGGAAGAAGACGCCUGAUUUUAUACACAGACCAUCCGCUUGUCGAUGUUUCCGUUGCAGAUUAUGAUCGUGAGAUAACGAACACCCAAAAUCUUUUGCGUAGUACAGAAAAUGUAUUACUAAUACCUCCAAGAUCUAAAUCCGCUCAGAGGUCGUGUAUUGAUCGCCAAUCCAUUCAUCAAAGACCUACUUCGCGCCACAAUGCUAGUCGUAGCCAAUCCAUGAGCUUUCAGGCCAGUCGUUCAUCAAGCCCGUCAUACCAUAGCGAUUUACACCAUUCGUUUACUAUUACGUCCGGGAAGUCGUUUGAUACAGCUCUACGUUCCACCCAGGAUCAACAUAGCAUUAUCAGUAAUAGGCACGUCAAGCCCAAACAGUCAGAAAGUAAAGCACGAAGGGCACGUUCGUUUGAAGAGCUGCGUAAGUUGGAGCGAUACUCGUCUCACUCUCUUACUAAGGACACACUGUAUGAUGACUGCAAUAUAUACUACAGUAUUAGCCACUGGAAGUAUAGCCUAAGCAAGAAUUGUUGUGUCCACAGACCUGUUCCCAGCAUGACCUUGUUCGGAAGGCGGUGGAAUGACUCUCACGGAGCGGUUAUUCCGUCUGCAGAGACGCGAAGCAUCGUGCACCGGAGAAUUAGAAGUAGACUCCAAUGUUCGAAGAUAUCAAAAUCGACAGAGAAUGUCUUACAGAACAACUAUGUAAGGUUCUAUCCAGACGUAAGCUAUUACACUCUUGGAGCAUAUAAUAUACGUCAGUACAGCCCUAUAACUUCUGCCGUUCCAACUACAUCCAAUCUCUUACAGCCAAGGAUGAAAAGUCUAAAGGACUUUCUAGAUACGUCUAUUUCCGACGAAGAACUUGUCUUCAGUGGCGUCUACAUGCACAAUCAUACAAGCACCGCAGAGAAUUGUUGUCUCGCAUUUGAAACAUCCCUUAUCCUAGCCUCAAAAGUAGUACGAAACAUUGAGUCUUGCUUCAACAAAAAGCUGAUCGUCGACGCGAUAGGAAGGGAUGUAUAUGUUUCUACUCCCCGGCCAGAAUAUCUGUUACCACAGAAGAAAAACCUUUCAACUUCAAUUUUGUUGCAUCAAUCAGCUUCUGGGGGCACUCAAACUAAAGACUUUCAGAUCUCGUCGGGAACCUUUGCUAUGCACACAGUUGCACCCAGAGGUGAAAUCUACAAUUCUAGGGAAGACAAACGUGCAAUGGAGCACGACAAGGGGGUAGAUUUCUCAGAGUCUUCCAUUCAUGAGCUCUCUUCAAAGCUAUAUGACAAGCAAAGGUACAUAGACCAUUUGCAUAGUCUAACGUUUUCUUCCGCACGACUUGCGAGUGCUAUAUUUCCUAGUGGACUUCGGUUCUUAUCUGUUGAUUGUCUCAGUGGACCAAUUGAGGCGUCCUUUCUCAAUACUCUUAAUGCCCAGUACUGGGGGCUAGCCAAGUCAUGGGAUCUGGCGUACUCCGAUGCAGCAAACGUCUUGACAUCAGCGACAUCUGCAUACGUGACGAUUGCAGAGAGGACUAAGAAUAUUAUGCUCUUUACGCUAAGUACUAAGGAAGAUACUAGCGACGAUCCAGAAAUCUUUCUGAAAGGCCUCUUAACUUGCAGAUAUGAUAGAUAUAAAUAUAACAGACUGCGAGCACAAGAAGAACAAUUAUAUGAAAUCUGUCCGGACACGCUUCCAGAUUUGAGCAGAGUUGGUCGUCGCAAACGGAAUAGAAUCAUGAAUAUGUACGAUAUCUUCGGCAGGCGCAUAGCACCAAGGAAAACAGGGGGGAGUAUAUCUGAGACGCAGAAACCCGUGAAUAAAGCUGCGCUCGCAGAUACAGAGGUCAGUCAUAUUUGUGAUCAGCGAAACGUACUAGAGAGUCGACCAGCCAUCACUUUGGCUUCCUAUUCAGAGAAGAGUACAUACAAAAGCUUGCUGGAGUCAAGUAUUGGAAAGGGUUGCCUUUCAGAAAACAGGGAGAUAGGAGAAGAUAUUGGCCUCAGUUCUAUGCGUCUGACUACUCAUGUAUUUACUGUGGAUAUUCAGCGGAUGCUAUCCCAGUCAUUUGGUAGAGAAAGACUCGUCAGCACACCAUCCAGAGGGGGCCAAAGCUGUGGUGCACGAGAGCUGACAAAAGAAAUAGUAAUAACCAGAGGCACUCACGCUUUAGCAGGUCACACCUCAAUCACUCCGACCACGGAAAAUUCUAGACCCGGCCAAAUCAAUCACAGAAGAGCGGCUUCAGCUCGUCCUGAGAACCAACUAUCUGGUAUAAAAACGUGGAUAAAUACAUUUGCUCGCUCACAAUCACUUUGUCACAGCAGACAGUUACCCACCUAUCUUAUGGAGAUCAUUAUUUUACAAGCAUCGGAGAGCUUUGCGUGCUCUCUUUCACAUAUUUUUAGGCACAGGGAGGCCGCUGUUUAUUUUAAGACAAUGGUAGAAAAGGAGUUUGUGCCGAUCAUAACUAAGCAAACAACGCCGCUAAGUGACCUUCCACCGUGUACAGCUACGUCUGGCUUUGCACAUGUAUUGUAUGGAUCUGAAAGUGUGUUAGACACAUAUUCCCUAGUUAAUAGAAAAGCGGAAUGCAACCCUAUCGGCAUAUACAGCGCAACACACUUGAGACAGUUUAUAAUGCUUCCUGUGGACUAUAUAGACUAUAGAUCUUUUCUUCUACACACCAAAACUCUAAAUAAGCAUGUUAUGGAUGUGUCUGCGGUGCUACAGAGUCAAAGAGCUGUAAAGAGUUUGGAAGUUAGAAAUGCACAGAUUUCGCAGCUGAUGGAGAACACUAGAGCAUACAGUAAUGACACGGCAUCAUGCUAUGACCUAUGGAACAGGCUCGUCUUUAACAUGCACCAUGUCCUGAACAUUCAAGCUGUUAGGCUUUAUUCCGAGCGAUUUGAAAAUUUGUUACAACAGCAUGACUACGAUUUGGAUCUUUUGAUUGAAAAGGCUCUAACGUUGAAUAGUGAGUACUACACCAAGCAUCCGGCUGUAUUUAGAGAGUAUCAAAUUAGAAGACAUCAAAAGGAAGUUGAGCAUAAGGCUGAAUUAGAGCGUAUACGCUAUCUCAUGAUGGAAGUCAUGCGGAACUGGCGUCUCCAUGGGCCCAUAUAUAAUAUAAGCGGCCUGUUGCUCAUUAGCUAUCGCAAGGGUGCAGCAUUCAAGGAGGCUCUCCAGCGAUACUUCCCUAUUGCUAAUGAAGAACCCUUUGAGAAAUACAGUCUAGAGCCGUCACUAAAUACAGCACCGUUUGGAACCGGCGAAAUGCCAAUUACGGCGAGAGAAAGAGCCAAAGAAAGCGAAGCAUCCGAGAAGAGUGAUAAAACACUAUUGCUGUCCUACCGCUCUACAAGGCCUACAACAGGAACAUCGCAUAGCUCUGGCUCACAAAGAUUUGCAUCUACCAUCGUGAGCGAAAGGGAGCUAGAUAUGCAGCAUCGCAUGAGGCACUUGUUUCUUAGUCGUCUUGUAAUGAUUGAGUUCUCUACACGACUAUUUGAAGCACAGCACAAGAAUAACAUGCUUACUAGCAUUCAGUACAUGGUCCUGGAUGAUCUCGAUUCCGUGUUCUCUCAGUUGCCGCUCAUCAUGAAAAGUUCAGACACUUUAUUUAAGCGAAUCUCAAUGGAAGCGUUGACCAGUGGAAAGUCGAAAGUUGGAGCGUAUGAUUAUAUGUAUGGAGUUAAUUCCGAUGAGAUGGAAGCAAAGGAGAUAAGGAAGACACGCGAAAACCUGGAGGCUCGAGAGAGUAACGCUGACUUGGCAGAUAGCAGGUCUAGCCUUGCUAAGAACGCUGCUGUAUCAAUGGCGAAGGAGCUGUCUCGACCACACACAGCGUUACCUGUUAGCGAUAUAAAACUAACAAUGGUGAAAGAUGGUACACCGAGCCCUCUGGCUUUCUCUCCCACCAAAACGGUAGCCCUCGCGCUUAAAAUGAACAAUUUGGACAUGCUGUCUCGAGACAUUAAGCAGCGACUGGACAGAUUACAGAGGGGAGACCUAGAUGAAUUUGACGGUAGCAUUGUGGAGUUUAUAUCCCAAUCCGAAUCAUUCUUUUCAAUGUGCGAGGUACCUGAUGUUCAGGAAAAGCUAGAUGAUCUGUCUGAGGAACAAUCUUCCAUUCAUGAGCCCUCUAGCACGCUCAAUAAGAAAGGUCGCCGAGUCACCAUUAGCGACGAUUCCCACGCUCCAAGUGCUGCCCAAAUAACAAGUUCCUCCUCUAGACCAAUGUCAGGAAGUCACCUCAAGCCACCUUCAGGAACGAAAGGUUCGCUAAAUAUCGUACAGCUGAACAUGUCAUUGAACGUUAAGCAAAAGGCUGCCCGGCUCACAAUAGACAGCUUGCGAUCACGAGGAAUGAAGACACCCCGCCAAGAUAAGGAUCUAGGUCGUAUUCUGCAGAAGCUUGUCACAACAGAAAAUAUUGCACCGAAGAAUGCAUCUUUGUCAUCAGAUGGCACAUCUUCACAUGACGACUCUCCUACUCUAAGGCCACUUCCUACUGGCCAUCAGGCUGCAGAGCAGAUAGACGCUAUUCAUAAAAGGAAAGAGCGAAAGCAGUCGUGCAUACCAGACAACACUCCCAUAUCAAGGGAUCUUUCAAACAUUUCCACCACAGAAAGGAGAACUGCAAGUCAGAGUUCUAGGCUCAGCUCCAUCAAAAGCGCCGGGGUGCGGCUUCCUCGACACGUGGAGAAGACCUUAGAGGCAGGCAUGGUGGCAGACAUGACACCUAAUUACUUUUCACUAAAUUCGUCACUCCAGACAAGUCUCAGUUCCAACGAUGACACAGAAGGCCUUAAUAAAUUAUUUGCAAGAUACACCGACACAAAUAACGCCAAGGAGGUGCCUGUUCAUAGAUGCCAAUCUUCCCUUGACAGGAAUCGUCUACCGAACACUAAGAAGAGCGUUAAAAAGCCAGGGUCUAUGAGCGUAGCUGAGUGCGAGUACCAGAAGUCUACUAAUAGAGACGGGGUUUCCAUGAUCCUUACUGGCGUCCCUGUUCAGAAACCCAUUUUGCCUGAAGUGCUUGCCGGUGCACAAAGACAAAUCAAACUCAUUUCCAGGGGUUCUGUCAAUAGCUCUGCAGAACAAUCUAUCUGUAGUGUGGAUCACACUCCAAAUACCCUUCUUCGCCCUUCCAGCUCAUUUGAAGCUGAUCAUAAAAAAGACGUCGGUAGUAAAAACCCUUGGAAAAGAGGAGCGAUGGCUACAUCAGGUACGACUUCUCAAUCCAGAUAUUUGUCACAGAGCCAUGUCAAGAAUCUCAUUAGCAACACCAAUAGUAUUGAGCAGAGCCUGAAUGAGAACCUCACGGAAAGCGAGCUAGCGCACAUAGAGGCUCUCGGACAGCGGAGAUUCAAACCCGAGGACGGAAGCACAUGGAUAACGAUUGGCGGGAUAGCUAGACCCGGAAGCGGAAUUGGGAUGCGGAGAUACACAGGCAGGAAGCGAUCUGGUGGUUGA